AUGCCGACCAAAUCCAAAGAGGCAUACGGCUGUAUACCACGGCGUAUAUUAAGCAGGUUGGGGGAGGGAAGAGGGAAUUGUUGCUGGAGGGAUGAGAAAAAGGGGAGGGGAAAAGGGCAAUAUUAAGAGAGUAGAGGAUGGCCAACCGAGCGCAGCUAUCGACGAUGAACCGGUGCAGAAGUGGUCUGCAACUGCAAGAGCCAACGAGCGCGAGCACAAUCAAAACAAAGCAUCGAACCGACUGGUGGCCGCAGCAGAAGGAGGGCUCUCGAUCCUGGCGAUGAACCCCGCGAUGCUCCCGUCUGUGAGCCCUUCUGUCGGGCGAGGAUGGCAGCCAGUGCAGCCAGUGCAGCCACUGCCUUUGGAGGAUUAUAGUGGUUCGCAGUGGAUGGGGGAGUGGGAGUGUUGA